UUUGUUUGAAAGAAAAAUACAUAUAUACACAGAUAUACAGAAAUAAACAUUCAUAGUAACACAUUCUUGAGCAGAAGUUGAUCAGCUGUUGAUCGAACAGACAUGCGUUGGUCUUUUGCGCUCGAUGUUUUUGUUUAUUGUGAAGAACAGGCUCUUCGGACGUCGUCUGAGCAUCACGUACUAUGACUCAUUGGCCAAUCAGACGACACGUUUCAUUUGAGUGACAGAACUUCCUGCCAACUCCAGUGUGCCUGCAAAGGAGACAGUGUCGUCGGGGGCGGGGCAAAGCCCCGCUCUCUAAGCACAGCGGAAGAAAAUGGCGGCCGUGGCUGCAGAGCCAGGAGCUGGAGCGGUUUCAAUAACAACAAUAACUGAGUCGACGGACGACGAAGGAUCCUCAGAACCGGGUCCGAUCGCCCCGGGACUCCCCGGAGCCCCGCUAGAGAACGAUGGGUCGCGGGAGUACGGCCCGGCCGUGGAGCUGCUCAUAUCCCGGGAGGAGGAUGGUGGCGAGGUGGAGGAGCGCCGCCAUGUCAGGCCGGAGCAGCAGUCCGCGGCGCGAAAAGAGAACGUCGUUAACGAUGAACUGACCGGUAACUUCCCGGUUGACCGGUUCAGUCCCGGAUUACCGCGAGAUUCAGAGGGCGGCGGGGUUUACCGUAGCAUCCUAGCGGACCCGCAGUCCUCUGCCGUCUUUCUGCACUCAUUCCCGGCCAACCCACCGGUCACCGAGGCCGGAUUGUCUCUGGCAGAACCGGCGGAACCGACCACCAAUGUGACCGCGGGUCGAGACCGAGGCUACCGGUCUUUAGUCCAACCGGAGCUGAGGCCAGGCCCUGUGGAGGCCGCCAUGUCGGACGGUAACAGGCUGUCGGUCCUGGAAGGCUUGGACCCGGAGACGGAGGGUAAGAACCCAGGCGGGACCGAGGAGCUACCGGUCCGCAGCCUUCGGGACUCCUCCCCUUCCUACCGGUCCGCUAAGAGGCGGCUGAUGACGGACACCGUAAAACAGGAGAAACCCAACGCAGAAGAUUAUUCUCGACCGGAACCAGGACCUGAACUCGAUCCACAUGCUCCAGGACCUGAGCCCAGUGUCGGUGCUGAACCCGAUUUAAAUCCUGGAUCUGAGGUCCGGGUCUCUCUGGACCAUGUCAUUGAUGACGCACUGGUGGUGUCGUUCCGUUUGGGUCCGAAGGUUUUCUCUGGAGUUCUGAUGGAUGUUUCAAAAAGGUUUGGACCUUAUGGUAUUCCCAUCACAGUCUUCCCCAGACGGGACGACCAGAGCCGACCUCAGAUGUGUGUGCAGUCACCGACCAUUGCCGAACCGUCCACCCAACAGGAAGAUGUCAUUGGUAGCCCAGUGGCGUCUCCCCCUUUACAGCCCUGGACCUCCAAACCACCGCCGCUGUUUCAGGACGGAGCGGCGUACCCGCCCCCUCUGUUCAUCAGGGAUACCUACAACCAGGCCUUACCUCAGCCGCUACCACGCAAGAUCAAACGGCCAAAGCGGCGCUACCGCUGCGAGGAGCCAACCUCCAUCAUGAAUGCCAUCAAGCUCCGCCCCCGCCAGGUGCUCUGUGACAAGUGCAAAGGUGUGGUGGCAUCAGGGGGGCACAGGGAAUCACGGCGGGGCGCCGGGGAUCUGAGGAGCGAGGACACGUCACGGCGACGCCGACCAGCCGAGGGUCCGAUAUCCUCUGAGGUUAAACGGCUGAGAAGUGAUGACAAAGGGGGACGUCAUGCAGACCGACGGCCAUUACCAGGGUUGCCUGUGUCAUCAUCAUCCUCACGCCGCGUCCUGAGGGGUGUGGCUUCAUCCUCGCCCCCAUCCUCUCGCCAAGUCCUGAGGGGCGCGGCUUCAUCUUCACCAUCAUCCAGCCGCAUGUGUCUGAACCCAAAGAAGGUUCUAGCUAAAGUUCCGGCGAUCCACUGCUCUGAAACAAGGCAGGUUCUCAAGAAGCUGCCACCUCGCCGACCCAAAGACCAGAUCCAGAACCAGACCCAGGACCAGGACGACACCAAGGCCGUGACCCGAGCAGCUGCCCUCCAGAACCACAACCAGAAGGUCCACUUCACUCGCCGCCUGCAGCAUCUCAGCGGCUCCUCCGUGGGCUCCAGUUCUCUCGAGGCUCUUCCCCCGAGGAUGCGCCUCAAACCACAAAGGUAUCGUACCGACGACAGCCAGGAGUCCUCCUCGCCCCCCCACAAACAGAGCCCUCGCUCAUCGCCUCCCAAACCCGCUUCAACCCCUGAACCAGAACCACCCCAAGCUCUGCCCCCUCCCUCACCCACAGAAUGUUCUCCGACUCCCCCCUCCACCUUACAGAAGCAGCAGCAGGAUGAGGAGGGGGGAGGCGAUGAGCAGGUAGUAGCUCCUCCCCCCUGUUCCUCCGACUCCUCCCACUCAGAGUGCAGCUCCACAGAGACCUUUGACCUCGCCCCUCCAGGAGACCCUCCCUCCUCUUCCUCUCACCCCCCUCCCCCCAAGGCAGGUGAAGGUGAGAAGGAGGAGGAGGAGGAGGAUGGAGGGGAAAUGAAGAGGCGUCGAAGGUCCACCUCCUCCUCCUCCUCCUCUUCCUCGUCCUCGUCCUCCUCGGUUUUCUCUAAGUUGGUGUCCAAGUGCUCGCUCCCCGAUGGCCGCUCCGUGUGCGUCGGCGACAUUGUGUGGGCGAAGAUCUACGGCUUUCCGUGGUGGCCAGCCCGCGUGCUCUGCAUAACGGUGUCUCGGCGAGGAGACACCGGUUUGUCGGUGAGGCAGGAGGCAAGGGUCUCUUGGUUUGGCUCCCCCACCACCUCCUUCCUGCCUCUCACCCAGCUCUCCCCCUUCCUAGAGAGCUUCCAGUCUCGCUUUGACAGGAAGAGGAAGGGUCCUUAUCGACGCGCCAUCGCCGAGGCCGCCAGCGCCGCCAAGCAACUCACUCCUGAAGUCCGGGCGCUUCUCACCCAGUUUGAGACGUAGCAUCAGUUACUACUGCCCCUCCCCCUAAACAUGUGCUCCGCCCCCUGAAGAUGUUCCCUAUACCUAAACAUGUCCCCCACCUAAAACAGGAAGUGGUUAUGGUUUGUCCUCCUGAGACUGUCCGGCAGAGACUGAAGUAAACACGGACUAUGUUCGCUGUCACCAGUGGGUGGGGCCUCUCUGUGUAGUCACCUCCCCGUGUCCUUACAGAGCUUCUCAAUUUCAGACAGAUUUCAUUGCUUCCACUCGCCUCACGGCACCACUCCCAUCGUUGAUGAUGUCACAGUGAUGUCAUCAGAAUACAGGCUCUGGCGCAUUGUGGUUACUGUCGGAUCCAGAUAUAUGGAACAUCCGGAUAUCUUUGUCUGUAGAUCCUGAAGAUGCAGCUCUCUGAUUGGCUGACAACCCAUGAUAAGAUUAACACUAAAUGAGGCGGUGCGGUGAUUUGUUGGGUUCCGCUGACCAUCGUCAGACUGAAACAUUCUUCAGUUUACAACGACUAAAACUGUGAAACAAAAAAUGUUGUUCAAAUUGAGGCCAGGGGUCUCCGACAGGGUCCAGAGCUGAGGCACAGCGGCUAGAUCUUUGUUCGGAUUCAGAGACCCCCAUGAGGGUUGGUUCAAUACAGCAAAAUAUAGAGCGGAUUGGUCUCUGGGAUUUAGAAUCUCAGAUCUCUUUGGACCUGUAUCUGAUCGAUCAGAUUCUUUGAUCUCUUAAUAAGCAUGGUUCUGUGAUCUGUUUGAGACCCUGGUGCCUCAGUUCCUCAAGACAGACAGAUGGACAGGUAGGAGACACUGACUGUUAGACUGGACGGCUAAUCAUGAUGAUGAUGUGAUAAAGGUGCAUUUUCCCUCUCUGAUACUCGGGUUGGUGGGAUAGAUUGUCACUCUUUUUACCGUCUGUUUGCAGAUCAGAGAUACUGAACUAGAAACUUUUGGGACAAAAUUACCGAAACAAUUAUAGCGAAUUCAUCGAGUCGACUUGUGUAUGUUUUUUUCUGAUGUUUUAAAUCUAUUAAAAAAACUGUCAAACUUC